AUUAACUUUACCGGUAACAUAAUGAAAGAAAGAAAUUCUUCGGAGGCAGGUGCAGAGAUCAUUCGAUGUGGCUGGUUAAAUCAAGAUCCAAUUUACAUCGCGUACCACGACGAAGAAUGGGGGCAACCACAAUAUGAUGAAUUAAAACUCUUUGAAAUGCUAUGCUUAGAAGGACAACAGGCAGGUCUUUCUUGGAUAACAGUUUUAAAAAAACGUGAUCACUACCGUAAGCUGUUUUAUAAUUUUAAUCCAAAUAAAAUUGCAAAGUUAAGAGCUAGUGAUGUUGAAACAUAUUUGAAGGACCCUGGAAUUGUGAGACAUAAGGGGAAGAUAGAAUCUGUUAUAAACAAUGCACAAUGCUUUUUAAAAAUGGAAGCGGAAGGAGAUAACUUUUCAGAAUUCAUUUGGAAUUUUGUAGACCAUAAACCAAUAAUAAAUAACUGGAGUACUCACAAGGAAAUUCCAACUGAGACUAUAAAUUCAAAAGCCAUGUCCAAAGCUUUGAAAGCUAAAGGCUUCAAGUUUAUUGGAUCAACCAUUUGUUAUGCAUUUAUGCAGGCUUGUGGGCUUGUUGACGAUCAUAUAUUAAAUUGUGUUAGCCGCAUUAAA